UCCAGUUUGGCAACUUCACCUGUAGUGCUGUUUUAAUCAAGCUGCCCACAGUCCCCCAAUCACUCCUGGAAUACAGCGGUGAGAGGCAGCAGCUUGCUAAGUGGACAAGGAUGCUGGGCGUGAGGGACCAAGGCCCGCCCUGCACUCGGGCCUCCUCCAGCCAGUGCUGACCAGGGACUUCUGACCCGCUGGCCACCCAGGACCUGUGUGGGGAGGCCCUCCUGCUGCCUUGGGGUGACAAUCUCAGCUCCAGGCUACAGGGAGACUGGGAGGAUCACAGAGCCAGCAUGGAUCCUGACAGUGAUCAACCUCUGAACAGCCUUGAUGUCAGCCCCCUGCGCAAACCCCGUACCCCCAUGGAGACCUUCAGAAAAGUGGGGAUCCCCAUCAUCGUAGCACUACUGAGCCUGGCGAGUAUCAUCAUUGUGGUUGUCCUCAUCAAGGUGAUUCUGGAUAAAUACUACUUCCUCUGCGGGCAGCACCUCCACUUCAUCCCAAGGAAGCAGCUGUGUGACGGGGAGCUGGACUGUCCCUUGGGAGAGGAUGAGGAGCACUGUGUCAAGAGCUUCCCCGAAGGGCCUGCAGUGGCAGUCCGCCUCUCCAAGGACCGAUCCACCCUGCAGGUGCUGGACCCGGCCACAGGGAACUGGUUCUCUGCCUGUUUCGACAACUUCACAGCAGCUCUGGCCGAGACAGCCUGCAGGCAGAUGGGCUACAGCAGCAAACCCACUUUCAGAGCUGUGGAGAUUGGCCCAGACCAGGAUCUGGAUGUUGUUGAAAUCACAGAAAACAGCCAGGAGCUUCAUGUGAGGAACUCAAGUGGGCCCUGUCUCUCAGGCUCCCUGGUCUCCCUGCACUGUCUUGCCUGUGGGGAGAGCCUGAAAACCCCCCGUGUGGUGGGCGGGAAGGAGGCCUCUGUGGAUUCUUGGCCUUGGCAGGUCAGCAUCCAGUACGACAAACAGCACGUCUGUGGAGGGAGCAUCCUGGACCCCCACUGGGUCCUCACAGCAGCCCAUUGCUUCAGGAAACAUACCGAUGUGUUCAACUGGAAGGUGCGGGCUGGCUCAGACAAACUGGGCAGUUUCCCAUCCCUGGCUGUGGCCAAGAUCAUCAUCAUUGAAUUCAACCCCAUGUACCCCAAAGACAAUGACAUCGCCCUCAUGAAGCUGCAGCUCCCACUCACUUUCUCAGGCACGGUCAGGCCCAUCUGCCUGCCCUUCUUUGAUGAGGAGCUCACUCCAGCCACCCCACUCUGGAUCAUUGGAUGGGGCUUUACAAAGCAAAAUGGAGGGAAGAUGUCUGACAUACUGCUGCAGGCGUCAGUCCAGGUCAUUGACAGCAUACGGUGCAAUGCAGACGAUGCGUACCAGGGGGAAGUCACCGAGAAGAUGGUGUGUGCAGGCAUCCCAGAAGGGGGUGUGGACACCUGCCAGGGUGACAGUGGUGGGCCCCUGAUGUACCAAUCUGACCAGUGGCAGGUGGUGGGCAUCGUUAGCUGGGGCUAUGGCUGCGGGGGCCCGAGCACCCCAGGAGUGUACACCAAGGUCUCAGCCUAUCUUAACUGGAUCUACAAUGUCCGCAAGGCUGAGCUGUAAUGCUGCCGCCCCUUUGCAGUGCUGGGAGCCGCUUCCUUCCUGCCCUGCCCACCUGGGGAUCCCCAAAGUCAGACACAGAGCAAGAGCCCCCUUGGGUACACCCCUCUGCCCACAACCUCAGCAUUUCUUGGAGCAGCAAAGGGCCUCAAUUCCUGUAAGAGACCCUCACAGCCCAGAGGCGCCCAGAGGAAGUCAGCAGCCCGAGCUCAGCCACACUUGGUGCUCCCAGCAUCCCACGGAGAGAUGCGGCCCACUGAACACGCCAGCCUGCAGGCCAAGGUCUCAGGGGUAUUGCUAAGCCGAGAAGGAACUUUCCCACACUACUGAAUGGAAGCAGGCUGUCUUGUGAAAGCCCAGAUCACUGUGGGCUGGAGAGGAGGAGGAAAGGGUCUGUGCCAGCCCUGUCCGUCUUCACCCAUCCCCAAAGCCUACUGGAGCAAGAAACCAGUUGUAAUAUAAAAUGCACUGCCCUACUGUUGGUGUGAUUACUGUUACCGACUGUUGUGAUUGUUAUUACAGCUAUGGCCACUAUUAUUAAAGAGCCGUGUGACAUCUCUGGCAUAGGCUAGCUGGAAUGCUUGAUAAGAACUGAGCUGGGACCAUUGAACCUUCAUUCUUUGACUUGGGGAGAAAAAAAGUUCUGGGGAAGCAAUUGAGUCUCAAAGUAGAGGCAGGGGAAAAAAGAGUUAGGGAGACCAGAUCUGCUGAGUGGCAGCAAGAGUGAGCUGCAGAUUAGAGAAGCCAGGGUGAGCAAGUUUCCUUCCCACACAGGGCCUUCUCCCUUUGCUUCUUUCCCUCCCUCCCUGCCUGUGAUCAUCAGCCAGGAGCCAGGGAUAACCUGUGCCUUGGGAAGGAGAUGAGUUAGGCAGUCAAGGGUGACAUUCGAUCAGGGAUGCCCAAGUGGCUGGAAAGAAAUGCUGGUCCUGUGUCCUAACUUUUUCCACCCGGAGAGCCCUCAGUGUGGCUUCUUACAUUGAAAAAACAAAAAGGAUCAGCUGCCGGGUAUGAGGCAGCUCCCAAGCUGGGUUGUGAGGAUGUAAGCAUGAAUAAGUCCCUGCACUCAAAAUGGUCAAAGAAUUAAGCCCCAUGGACUUUUUUGGCAGCUGUGUGAAAGCCUGGGUUUUCUGAGGACUCUCUUGCUAUAGUUAAGUCAGAUCCUAGAUGAAAUAUACUUGUUCAUAUUGUACUAGGUUCUUAGGAAACAACAGAAUUUCUCAAAUGCCAAAAACAAAGAAAAUAGAAACCCAGAAAACAAAACAAAAUAAAACAAAACUAUCAGAACUGUGAGCGGAAACUAAGGUGAUGAUCUGGGAGCAAUAAACUAAAAUCUUGGGUCGAGACCUAUAUGGAGGAGGCUGGCAGGGGAGCUAAACCUGGACACGCUGCAGACAAGGGAGCUGAACCAGGGCUCCUACAUGAAGCAGAGAUAACUGAUGGCAGUAAAGGUGGUCUCAAAUUGCAGAUGGUCUGGAGGAAAAUAUCUCAAAUUUAGAGCCUCAGGAUUCCCAAAGAUCCUCCAAAUAUGAACUCACAAUCAAAGAUCAGAGAUGUUGAAAAAUAAAAAACAUCUUAAGUGGGCAGCAUAAAAAAACAAGCUAAUUUAGAACCCCAAAGGCUUCAGAUGUCAGAAUAUUAGAGACUUAUAAUAAUAAGCAAUAUUUACAGAGUAUUUGUAUGUGCCAGACACUACUGUAAGUGCUUCAUCAUGUACUGAUUCAUUUAAUACUCGCAGAAAUCUAUGAGAUAGGUAUUAUUCUUAUCCUCACUUGAUGGAUUAAAAAAACUAAGGCACAAUGGGGUUAAGCUCCUUGCUUGAGGUUAUAGACUGUAAGUUGAAUAUGAGCACUUGGAAUACAGAGUCUUGCUGUAAACUACCACACUAUACCAAUAUGAUAAUUUAUAAAAUAUUUAAAUAAAAAAUGAAUACUAGUUCCACAUUUUAAAA